CUGUCGUAAAAGGGGGCGGGACGCUCCGCGGUGAGGAGCGUCGCUCUGGUCCGCGACUUUUUGGGUGGAGGGGCUAUGGAUCGCUUCGCGGGCGCCUUUGAGGAGGCGGUGGAUGGGACUCGGCAGCAGGAGCGGCACUAUCAGCUCCUCUCAGCGCUGCAGAGCCUGGUCAAGGAGCUUCCCAGCUCUUUCCAACAGCGCCUGUCCUACACGACUCUCAGCGACCUGGCCCUGGCGCUCCUCGACGGCACCGUGUUCGAGAUCGUGCAGGGGCUGCUGGAGAUCCAGCACCUCACCGAGAAGAGCCUGUACAACCAGCGCCUGCGGCUGCAGAACGAGCACAGAGUGCUCAGGCAGGCCCUGCGCCAGAAGCACCAGGAAGCCCAGCAGGCCUGCCGGCCCCACAACUUGCCCAUGCUACAGGCAGCUCAGCAGCGCGAGCAGGAGGCAAUGGAGCACCGGAUCCGGGAGGAGCAGCGGGCAAUGGACCAGAAGAUCAUCCUGGAGCUAGACCGGAAGGUGGCAGACCAACAGAGUACACUGGAGAAGGCGGGGGUUGCUGGCUUCUACGUGACCACCAACCCACAGGAGCUGACGCUACAGAUGAACCUGUUGGAACUCAUCCGGAAGCUGCAGCAAAGGGGCUGCCAGGCGGGGAAGGCAGCCCUGUGACCAGGUGGGGUCCCUGCCAGUUGCCCACUGCCCGUCCUGGCUGGGAAGGCAACCCAGUCCCACUGUUGGCUCAGGUAGCAGAAAGCUAAGGAAUUCGUCUUCCUGACGUCUGGCCACUACCUUCCCAGGUGCCUGCAGUAGGGGUCAUGUACCCUCUGAGGAGAGGGAGAGUGGACCCUGGCUGUGUCUGCCACCCACCUUUGUCUGGGUUUUUAUGUCAGCUAGAGCUGUGUGGUAGAAGGCAGGCAGGCCGGCCCAGCCUGCUGGCUCUGCCCCGGGGCUGGGCACAGGGUGCGGCUGCAGGUGCUGGCACCGUCCCAUUCCACCAGGCACGCCUCAGCCUCAGCCGCACCCCAAGCUUCAUGCCUAUUCUGGCCUUGGCCCCACCCUUGGUGGGUGCAGCCCCUGAGUGGAAGAGGCCCCGCCACCCAAGCCCCGUGUGACCCAGAGAAAUAAAGGUGCCUCGGUACAGCCUGCA